GACUAGCAGCGUGGACACUGGCCCAGCCCCGGGUUGCUAAGGGGCCCCGGCAGCCAGGCGCGGAGAUGGGGGUGCCUGAACGUCCCACCCUGCUCCUUUUACUGUCUUUGCUUCUGCUUCCUCUGGGCCUCCUAGUCCUUGGUGCUCCCCCACGCCUCAUCUGCGACAGUCGAGUUCUGGAGAGGUACAUCUUGGAGGCCAAGGAGGCAGAAAAUGUCACGAUGGGCUGUGCAGAAGGUCCCAGACUGACGGAGAAUAUUACAGUCCCAGAUACCAAAGUCAACUUCUAUGCUUGGAAAAGAAUGGAAGUGGAAGAACAGGCUGCAGAAGCUUGGCAAGGCCUGUCCCUGCUCUCAGAAGCCAUCCUUCAGGGCCAGGCCCUGCUAGCCAAUUCCUCCCAACCACCAGAGAUGCUUCAGCUGCAUAUAGACAAAGCCGUCAGUGGUCUGCGAAGCCUCACUUCCCUGCUCCGGGUGCUGGGAGCCCAGAAGGAAUCAAUAUCACCUCCAGACGCCACCCCGCCCGCUCCACUCCGAACACUCACGGUGGAUACUUUCUGCAAACUCUUCCGGGUCUACUCCAACUUCCUCCGGGGGAAACUGAAGCUGUACACGGGGGAGGCCUGCAGAAGAGAGGACAGGUGACCUGCCGCCGCCGCCGCCGGCCGUGGUCUGCCCACCAAGCCGCUCACAUCACUGCCUGUGCCACACUGACCCUCC